AUGGUCCCAAAUUACCAACCCUCCCGGCCGUCGAGCAAUACAAAUAGCAAGGCUUGUUUAUUUGCAUCUGUACAUUCCAUCCAUAUCUUUGCAAGUAGUAUCAGGGUUGGCUGCUGAAACCCUCCGUAUUUCUCUCCGUUACCAAACCAAAUCCAACGCUAUUUAUUUAUUAUUAUUCUCUUCCCUUUCCUGAUUCUCGAGGAGGGUUCUUCAUCUUCUACCUACCGAUACCGUUCUCGCCCGAUUCUGCCUAAGCGUGGUUGAAAAUGGGACCGGCGACUGUUUUCCAGCCUUGUUCACAUCUAGUAUUUCCAUCCCAAUCGGGGAUUUCGAUUUCCGGUGGACUCAACUCUGUGCGCUUUUGUUCCAAAUCGUGGGUUUCUUCUACUGUUUCGGCUAAGAAAUACCCCUUUGUUUCUAACUUGAAGUCAAGGCAAAGAAGAAUGGGAUCUGGGAGCAGGAAAUUCUCUGUAAUCAGGGCGUCGUCUUCUGAUGCAGCGGAGCCUGCUGCUCCUUUUGCUCCACUUCAGCUUGAGUCUCCAGUGGGGCAGUUCCUGUCUCAGAUUUUAGCGAGCCACCCUCAUCUUGUCCCAGCUGCAGCGGAGCAGCAGCUUGAACAGCUUCAAACUGACCGGGAUGCUGAAAAACAAAAGGAAGAGCCCUCUGCUUCUGGUACUGAUCUAGUAUUGUACAGGAGAAUUGCUGAAGUGAAGGCUAAUGAGAGGAGAAAGGCUUUGGAAGAGAUACUCUACGCUUUGAUUGUGCAGAAGUUCAUAGAUGUCAAUGUUUCUCUGGUACCUACCAUAACACCUUCAUUGUCUGACCCAUCUGGGCGAGUUGACAGGUGGCCCGCUGAAGAUGAGAAGCUUGAGCGUUUGCACUCUCCUGAAGCCUAUGAGAUGAUCCAGAACCACUUGGCUUUGAUACUAGGAAAUCGUUUGGGAGAUUCCACCUCUGUAGCCCAGAUAAGUAAACUCAGGGUGGGCCAGGUUUAUGCCGCGUCUGUCAUGUAUGGCUACUUCCUCAAGCGGGUUGACCAGAGGUUUCAGCUCGAGAAGACCAUGAAGAUCCUUCCACGUGGGGUAGUUGAUGAAGAGAUCAGUGUUCAAAAAGCUUUUCAGGAGGAGACGGGUACCAGAGGUACUGGAAAUGAGGACUUGCUGAAAUCUGGGCAAUCUCACCCCGAAGUCUCGUGGGCUAGCCCCCCUGGUGGUUCUGGCACUGGGAUUAAGACUUCACGACUAAGAAACUAUGUGAUGUCAUUGGACGGGGACACGCUUCAGAGAUACGCAACCAUAAGAUCCCAAGAGGCUGUUGCCAUUGUCGAGAAUCACACUGAAGCAUUGUUUGGUAGGCCUGAGAUAGUUAUUACCCCUGAAGGGACUGUUGAUUCUUCCACGGAUGAACUCAUCAAGAUAAGCUUUGGCGGUUUGAGGAGACUUGUGCUGGAGGCUGUGACUUUUGGCUCUUUCCUCUGGGAUGUUGAGAGCUAUGUGGAUUCGAGGUACCAUUUUGUGACGAAUUAGUUAACCUUCCUAAACUCGAUACAUCCAUGCCAAAGCAGAAUUGCUUGCGGAGGCCAAACUGACCAACUUAAAUGCAGCAACUGAAGGAAGUCAUGGCGCACUAGAACAUUCGCCUGUAUAUAGUUUGGUGCUCUAUUGAUUGAUGUUGGUCGGAAAGAGUAGUAUUUGUGUUCGUGGUUAGACACCGGACAAGGUCCUGGGUUCUGUCAUGUUAAAAAUGUUUAUCUUUCUGCAA